AUGAAGAUCAUUGCAAGUGUAUUUCUACUAAUUUGCCUUUGUUCAGCAAAUGUUAUCCAAUUUGAGAGACAAGAUGGAUCAAUGACCGCCUUGAUUUCUCAGUACGAUACAAAUAUUGCUUUUGGACUCAAGGGUGAAAAGAUGGGAUCUCUCAAUAAGACAGCUUAUGUUGCCUGUGUAAAUACUGAUGCUGAUUAUAAACUUCAUGAUGGUAGUCCAGGAUUCAUUUUAGUUGGAGGAGGAUGCCCAUGUUGGAGUCCAUUAUGCCAAGGUAUUCCAGACUGUCCAAACUCUCUUGCCUAUGGUACUUCAUCCUUCUUGAACCAGGGAAUCUACAAGUCCCAUAGCAACAAGAUCUUCAGUUUGGAAGAUCUUUCCGAUUCGAGAGUCGACUCAGUUCUACCACCCGAUGAGACCCUAAUGCAAGGAAUUUUUGCUAUGACUCCUGAAGAGUACGAAGAUGCUGAGUUCCCUGAUGAGGCCAAUGAAGAUUAUGCAGUCUGCUUCUCUAAGGUGGAAGAUAGUCAUCUUGUUACUGAUAAGUUCGAGUACCUCGACUUGGACAAUGGGUUUGAGAAAACUCAUAUUGUUGUGAAGACUAGAAAUUCAUAA